CUUUGCUUUCACUUUUGAAUGUUUGCACUGUAUACAGUGAAGUACACACAGUCAAGGACCGAAAGCUGAUUUUACAGCUGGCUACUAUUUGAAACGGACAUUUUGGAGCACCACCUACAGCAGUCAGGGGAUACUUCAUUUCUUUUAACCUUAUACUCCAAUCUUUGAACAGCAGGAAAGGGAGCAAGAUGGACGAAGACUGUACCAUUCCUCUGUCAAGCAAAACCCAGCUUGAGGUGUUGCUGACAUGCCCAGUGUGCCAUGACAUAUUUAAAGACCCGCACCAGCUGUCCUGUGGGCACAGCUACUGUAUGGUGUGUCUGGAGGGCAUAAUAGACUUCGGUUCAAACAUGCCCUUCCGCUGCCCAGACUGCAGGGCCUACUUUGGAUCCACGAUUGACGUCCAGAAGAGCUAUACCCUGGCUAACAUCGCAGAGGACUUCAGAGAAAACCUAAAGGCUAAGAAGACAGAGAGUGCGUAUUGUGACUGCUGUCCAGAGAAACAGAGCCUGGCAGCGAAGACGUGUCUGAAGUGUGAGGUGUCACUGUGUCAGGAGCAUGUCCAGGAUCACCUGCAACUCCCUGCCUACAUGGGACACCCUCUGGUCAAACCCCUGGGGGACCUGAGCAGGAGGAGGUGCCCUGAGCAUGACGAUGAGGUGCUGAGGUACUACUGCUCCAUGUCGAAAACCUACAUCUGUAAUAUCUGUGCCAUGGACAAGAAGCAGAUGAACCUCACCGUUGAUACCACCAACGUUCUGGGCAGAAAACUGACUGCAUUUAUGGAGCAGCAGUUCCAGGUGCUAGAGGGAAAGCUACAGGAAUGCAAGGACUCUGUCAGCAAGUUGAAAGAAGACUUCAAAAACGAAAGGCAGAACUCUAAUUCCAAAGACUCCCGCAUUAACAGUGUAACUGUGGUGUUGCUGUGCCUCUGGUUCAUUGUCCUUUAUUAUGCAUAUUGUUCCUCUCUGGAAAAUCAAAACCUCACAGACACACUGAAGAAACAGGAGACUCUCUUGCACGAUGUCUACUCCUCCGUGGCAGAAUUCAUAGUUGACAAUCCACCAAAGGGCUACAGAAAUGCAGACACCAGAGAAGCCCAACGUGCACUGACUCUGGACGUAGACUCGGCCAGCCCUUUUCUCAAAGUGUCCCUUGAUCUCCAGUCUGUGGAGAGAGUGGAGGACAAACUGUCCCUCCCCAGCCACCCCUCCCGCUUUGACAAAGCCCCCCAGGUUCUUACCACCCAGUGCUACUCCUCUGGAAGACAUUACUGGGAGGUGGAGGCCAAGGGCUACUGGGACAUCGCUGUGUCCUACCAGAGCAUUAAGCGCAAGGGGACUGAGGGCCCUGUUUUUGGCCUCAACAAGGAAUCCUGGAGCAUCACACACAAUGCAAAGGGAAAUCUGUUUGCCUACCACAACAAGAUGAAGAGGGAAAUCGCCAAUUCAUUGAAAGGCAACCGAGUGACAGUGGUGGUAGACUUUGCGAAGGGAACCAUCACUUUUUCUGAGAUGAAUAUCAACCUGACCAAGCUGCACCAGUUCAAUGCUCAGCUCAGUCAGCCUGUGUGCCUGGGAUUUGGCCUGUACCGCGUAGAUCCUCCCAGUAGAGUCGCCAUUAUAAAGACCCAGUAGUGGCCCUUCACGGCACUCAUCACAAAGCACUGGACUGUAGAGAAUAACCAAGUAUUGUCUCUGCUGAAACAAAUAUGUAAAUGUUUUACUACAACUCCCGUUGUCUCAGGUUUUUAUUAUACAAAUAAUGUUGACAUUAUUCUAUUGCAUCUUGAUUAAAUAAAAGUUUCAAUUGAAAACAAAUGAUUGUUUUA